CAAUAUUUCUGAACCAUUUUCCUCUACAGAGCAGUAAGGAGGAAAAGAACAAGAAUAACCAGUCAGAUUCCCCCGUACCAUUCUCCCACUCUACCUGGCCAUCCUCGGGCGGUUGAAAGUGUAGUGAAGUGUUCGACCACCAACACGGAGCAGGGCAACAGGAUCGUUUUUCAUUGUGUCAGAAUUCUCGUAGGAAAUGAACAAAAAUAUACAUUUCGAAGUAUAGUAACAUGCGUAUAACCUGCUACACUGGCAAAUUCUGCUUUAAGAGUGUUCAUCGAUUCAUAUGCGUGUGGCGGUCGUUGUGAAAAAGCGACAAAGGCAAACAUAGACUAUCUGCGCCACACAUGCACUCAACCGCGGAUGCACGCACCCAUUGCAUCAUGUCACUUGCCGUGUUCCGCCGUGUGCAAGCAGGAAAACUUCUUCUUAAUGUUGUUGCCUUGGUGUGGCUCCUCGGCAUGUUACUGUAUAUGCAUUACAAAUUCAGGGAAUAUUCUUGGAAGACUAUUAACAGAUUUGAUGUCAUUCCUCGGCCUCUAACUGAAGGCAGCCCGUCUCAGGAGUCCCCUAUGGUUAUUGUAGCUUGUGAUGUUGGUGGGAACGAGGACAAGGACCCCGAAUUACUCAUUGACAUCCUGAACGAAAAGAAAGAGACAAACAUCACAAAGCAUGUACCUGAGUCUUGGUGGAGACAGACCCAACAGCUCAACACAAUGCUCAAAACACUGCUCUACUUCAGCAAGUCUCCGGUGUGGCAUAUCAUUGUUUUGACUGAUACUCUCGACACUUUUCACAAAGUGCUCAACCUCACCGCCGCCUUCCCCCGCCACCGACUCCUACUUCAGCACCGCCCCGUCUGGCUGCCACAGGAUCAGCCCCUUAUCAAGGAACACUGGCGACCGUGCGCUUGGGCGAAACAGUUCCUGGCGGAGGCGCUGCCAGAACACGAUGCCGUCGUCUACGUGGACACAGACGUGGUGUUUCUAGGUCCUGCCGAGGAGUUGUGGUGGCUGCUACGGUCCAUGGGUCCCCGCCAGGCACUCGCCCUAGCACCGGAGCCUCAGUACCUGUUGGACAGCCCUCGGCACCCCUUCGCGGGCCGUGUAGGGCUAAACACGGGUGUCAUGGCAGCCAAUCUGACGCGUCUGCGGCGGCUCCCUGGAGGGGGCUUGGGCAGCGCUGUACUUCGCUUCGGAGCAGUCACACCAUCACCUCGCCACGACCAGGACGCCGUCAACCACUACCUCUUCCACAGACCUCACCUGCUACUUGAAGUGACGUCUCGCUGGAACUUCUUGCCCUCCUCCUGCUUCCCUGAGGCACCACCAUGUGCAGACUGCCUGUCGGCGGGCAUCCUCAUUCUGCAUGGCGCAAGCACAUCUUUCUUCAAACUCAUAGACAGAAAGUUUUUGGUAAUGUACACAAACCUGGCACGGCUACGGUUAGAAGACGACCCGCGUUUACUGCUGACGAAGGUAGAGGGUCACCUUGCCCUGGCUGACUACUGGGCGCCAGUGUUCCCCUGCAGCAAUUAUUCGGGGCUGAAUCACGCCCUCACGCUCCGCCUUGCCGACACCGCCAUGACCAGCACUCUCAAGCUGCCCCAGUCGAUCUGACCCUAUGACUGACGUCUUGGUGACCUAAAGUUGCGGGUAUAGAGGGGUUGCACGUGACGUCAUCAUCAGCGAUCAGCUGAUCACUUCUCAGCUGCCCCGCAAAGGCCCGCCAUUUUGGGAGGCAAAUAUUUACCGCAAGAGAGCUCCUCAGCUUUUCCCCGCCAUGUUACUGUGCUGGUGCUUGUGUUAGCGGCCCACCCACUACCGUGUGGGUGGGUGUUUUAGUGUCCAUCCGUUACUGUGUGGGUGGGUGUGCCAGUGGCACAUCCACCACUGUGUGGGUGGGCGUGCUAGCGGCCCAUCAACCACUGUGUGGAUGUGGGUGCUAGUGCCCCAUCCAUCACCGUGUGGGUGGGUGUGCCAGUGGCCCAUCUAUGACAGUGUGGGUGGGUGCCAGAGACCCAUCUAUCACUGUGUGGGUGUGGGUGUCAGUGUCCAUCCGCUACCGUGUGGGUGGGUGUGCUAGUGCCCUUCCAUUACUGUGUGGGUAGGGGUACUAGUGUCCACCCACCACUGUGUGAGUGUGUGUGCUAGUGUCCACUUCUUACUGCGUGGGUGGGUGUGCUAGCGUCCAUCUAUUAAUGUGCGGGUGUGGGUGCCAGCGUCCAUCCAUUACUGUGUGGGUGGGUGUGUACGUUAGUGUCCAUCUCUUACUGUGUGGGUGUGGGUGUUAGUGUCCAUCUACCACUGUGUGGGUGUGGGUGCCAGUGGCCCAUUUAUCACUGUGUGGGUGUGGGUGUUAGUGUAUCUAUCACUGUGUGGGUGCGGGUGCUAGCGUCCAUUCACCACUGUGUGGGUGGGCGUGCCAGUGGCCCAUCCAUCACUGUGUGGGCGCGGGUGCCAGUGUAUCCAUUACUGUGUGGGUGGGUGGGUGUUAGCGUCCACCCAUUACUGUGUGUGUCAGUGUCCAUCCACCACUGUGUGAGUGUGGGUGCUAGUGGCCCAUCCACCACUGCCACUGACAAGUGCCACACUGCCACCCGCGGCAGAUAGACAGGGGCUGCCAAGCAUAGGUCAGUGGGCCCUUUGCGAACCCCCCACGUUCCCAUGCUCCAACCAAAUACGCCCGGGGCCAAAUCAGUCAUACAUUCAUCGUUCCUAUCAUCAAAUACGUCUUAACCCUGGAUGAAUAUCGAUAUUUUCAGUACCCAUAUUGUAUAUCGUGUUGCACCUUUGCAACUGUGACUUUAACGCUUUAAAUGACCACUUUAGGUAUGUUGUACUUUAAUGUUUGUUCUUUCUAAAAUUACUUUAGACAUUACUUAGUGCUAAUAAGUGGUGAAAAAGACAAUCAGAAUGCUUUAUGUACUUUAUUACAAAGAAUACAAAAAACUUCUACCUUAUUUUAACUAUCAUUAGAAAAAAAAAAAUACUUAUGUCCAUACAAAAAAAUAAAGCCUCUGGAGAUCGGUGUAUUACAGUUGUCUCUCACAGCCUGCACAGUCCCAGUUCUCUGCAAAAUCCACGCUGAAAAAUAGAACAGGUCAAACUUUAGUAAAAUUUUCUCACCCUGUUUUUCUUGUUUCUUUAAAAAAAAAAAUUUUGGGUACCUAAAUAUGCUUUAAACUUCAUGAAAAUUUUUAUGUAUACUACCCAAUCAUUGACAAAGCUACUGUGGAAGUUUCAUGGAAAUCGAAAUAAGAUAAGGUACUAAAUAAAUUAUUUUCCUAGAGAGGGUCG